AUGAUAGAUACUGACUAUCAAGAAUUAAGUGCAAAAGAAAAUAAUGUUGCUGACAAUAAACAAUUACCAGAUCAGCUAUCUGCGGAAGAUAUUACUGUUGAUACAGUCGAAAGUUCUUGGGCAAUAUUAUCAGAGGUAACACUUCCCUUCUUGAUUGCAGGACUAGGAACUGUUUGCGCCGGACUACUGCUGGAUGUAGUGCAGCAUUGGCGUGUGUUCGUUCAAGUACCAGAAAUUUUUAUCAUGGUUCCUGCGUUAUUGGGUUUGAAAGGCAAUUUAGAAAUGACCCUUGCUUCUAGGCUUUCUACGGCGUCAAAUUUAGGUCUUAUGGAUAACCCCGAAAGUAACUGGAAAAUUAUAACCGGAAACAUUUCAUUGACUCAGGUUCAAGCUUUAGUUGUGGGAUUCUUAGCAUCUCUAGCAGCUGUAAUCUUCAAGUUCAUAACAGAUGGUCAUGUCAGUAUCAUACAUGGGCUUCUUUUGUGUACAAGCAGUUUGAUUACGGCAUCUCUAGCAUCAUUAUUUCUUGGCAUUAUUAUGGUAUCAGUUAUUUUGCUGUCUAAAAAAUACAAUAUCAAUCCUGACAACGUAGCUACGCCUAUAGCUGCAAGUUUUGGAGAUUUAAUUACUUUAUCCUUACUGUCUGGAAUAUCGAAUACCUUUUAUCUUCGUUUAUAUAAUCAACUAUACCUUGCGCUAUUAUCAGCUGCUAUAAUUAUUCUAUUGUUACCGGUAUUAUGGAUCGUGACAAGAAGAAAUGAAUUUACUCGAGAUUUACUGUAUAGCAGUUGGAUCCCGAUAGUAUCUGCGAUGAUCAUUAGCAGUUUAGGGGGCCUUAUUCUCGACAAAGCAGUUUCAAAGUAUCAUGGCGUUGCAGUAUUUAGCCCCGUCGUUAACGGAGUUGGAGGUAAUAUUGCAGCUGUUCAAGCAAGUCGAAUAUCAACAUUUUUACAUCAAAGUAGUCAUUUAGGCUUAGUGCCGACAGCCGAAUCAGGUUCAUGCGGAUAUUGUAUAACGAAAGGCAUACAUCUUCGAUCAGCUCUACUAUUAUACUCCCUUGUUGUUCCUGGGCAUAUGAUUUUCUUAUACAUAAUUAGUUAUCUCGGAGCCGGGCACGCUACAUAUACGCUAGUAUUUUGUUUAUUUUACUUGAUUAUUACUCUUAUUCAAGUUGCUCUCUUACUUAUCUGUACGAACUGGCUCGUAUUUAAGUUUUGGGAGUGGGAAUGUGAUCCGGAUAACUAUGCUAUUCCUUAUCUCACCGCCUUAGGAGAUCUGGUCGGCACCGGUUUAUUGGCCGCUGCGUUUGUAGUGAUUGAAAAAUUAAAUAAUGCGUCACUAGCAAAUACUUAG